CGUCUGCACAAGCAUAAAGCCAGGAACAAAUCAUAGAAUGUCCUAUCUCCCCACCUGCUGAUCGGGUCAGAUCAGGCAAUAUCCCCAGACAGAAAAAAACAUAGGAGCUGGUCUCACGUUCGCCAGUAUUCUUUUGUUGCGCCCAUCUACAGCGGACUUUCGAGCCAUACCAAUAAUAGCAUUUCAAGAUGGCCCUGAAUCUCGAAAAGCAGCUUCUGUUUGUAAGCCUCUGCCGUAUCACCUAUUACAGUGUUUGGUGCAAGAUGUCCAUGCUAACGAGCCUCGCAGUAUGGAGCUUAUCACAAUAACCCAGUAUGUUAUGCUCUUUGCCCCGUUUGUGGCUUGCUCUAAUGGUGUCGUCCAGGUCAAUGUUGCGAUACACAUCACAUGCGUGCCGAUACUCCUGUUCACGGGAAUCGCUCUGGCGUCGAAUACACCGGCCUUCGUGAACCUGCCCAAUGCGCUCCAGAUCGAAAACCUUCCUCCUAAUCUCGGAACGAUCGCAGCCGUCGUAUACUCCACGUUCUACAUCCUCCUCGAACCUGUUGCUGGGGCACUGAUCGCUCCCCUUAUAAUUGCGGGUGCAGCCUGGGCGAACCAUCUACUGGCUACAUAUGGCACCAGCGUCAACUAUUGGUUUGCUGGGAUCCAUGUAGUGUCCUGGCUAGCUCAGUUUGUAGGCCAUGGUGCCUUUGAGCGCAGGGCUCCGGCCUUGCUGGACAACCUGGUCCAAGCACUUCUUCUUGCACCUCUCUUCGUCUGGAUGGAAGUGCUCUUCUUUUUCGGCUACCGUCCCGAACUGAAAGCCAGAUACGAUGAGAAUGUGGAGAAGGAGAUUGCCGCUUUCAAGGCGCAGAAGGGCAAGACUGCCAAAUAAGUGAAGCUAUAUGGUAGGAUGGCCCGAACUCUAUUUUUACUUGGGGAUUGCAUGGCUAGUGGCGGUAAUCUACUGCGUUUUAUGCUGCCACGCCAAUGG